UUAAAGCAAGCACAACAACGAGACCAUUGACGACGAGACUCGAGCCUCUCUUCCUUCGAUCUACACUCUCAGAUUCUUUCUCCUCUCUCUUCUCUUCUCUCUCUUUGUCUCUCUGAGACGAACCAAGUUUUGAAGAAAUGGCUGAAUCUUCCAAAGUCAUUCAUGUUCGUAAUGUUGGUCAUGAGAUUUCUGAAAAUGAUUUGCUUCAGCUUUUUCAACCAUUUGGGGUUAUAACUAAGCUUGUGAUGCUCAGGGCAAAGAAUCAGGCUCUUCUCCAAAUGCAAGAUGUUUCUUCAGCAGUUAGUGCCCUUCAGUUUUUUACUAAUGUUCAGCCAACUAUAAGAGGUAGGAAUGUGUAUGUCCAGUUCUCCUCUCACCAAGAAUUGACAACUAUAGAGCAGAAUAUUCAUGGACGGGAAGAUGAGCCGAAUCGUAUUCUCUUAGUCACAAUCCAUCACAUGCUGUAUCCAAUUACUGUUGACGUGCUGCAUCAAGUUUUUUCUCCCUAUGGAUUUGUCGAGAAGCUGGUCACUUUCCAGAAGUCUGCUGGCUUUCAAGCUCUUAUACAGUAUCAAGUACAACAGUAUGCUGCCUCUGCUAGAACUGCCCUACAGGGUCGUAACAUAUAUGAUGGGUGUUGUCAGCUGGAUAUCCAGUUCUCAAAUCUUGAGGAGCUGCAAGUAAAUUACAAUAAUGAUCGAUCUAGGGAUUAUACAAACCCAAACCUGCCAGCAGAGCAAAAAGGCCGAUCAUCACAUCCUGGUGGCGGCUAUGGUGAUGUAGGAGUGGCAUAUCCUCAGAUGGCAAACACAGCUGCAAUUGCAGCUGCCUUUGGAGGAGGCUUGCCUCCGGGUAUAACUGGCACAAAUGAUAGGUGUACUCUGCUUGUCUCCAAUCUGAAUGCAGAUAGUAUUGAUGAGGAUAAGUUAUUCAAUCUGUUUUCUCUUUACGGAAACAUUGUAAGGAUUAAGCUUCUUAGAAACAAACCUGACCAUGCCCUUGUCCAAAUGGGUGAUGGUUUCCAGGCUGAGCUUGCAGUACAUUUCCUCAAGGGAGCGAUGCUGUUUGGUAAGCGGUUAGAAGUAAACUUCUCGAAGCAUCCUAAUAUAACACCAGGCACAGACUCCCAUGAUUAUGUAAACUCGAACCUGAACCGCUUCAACCGCAAUGCUGCAAAGAACUACCGCUAUUGCUGCUCCCCUACAAAGAUGAUUCACCUAUCGACACUUCCUCAAGACGUGACAGAGGAGGAAGUAGUAAACCAUGUGCAAGAACAUGGGGCAAUAGUGAACACAAAAGUUUUUGAGAUGAACGGGAAAAAGCAGGCCCUGGUACAGUUUGAGAACGAGGAGGAAGCUGCAGAAACAUUGGUGUGCAAGCACGCGACUUCUCUAGGCGGAUCAAUUAUCAGAAUCUCCUUCUCCCAGCUACAGACGAUUUAAAAUCGCGAAAGGCCUAUCUCUCUCUCUCUCACAAUCUACUCUAAUAACAUUAGGGUUUGGUGAGGAUUAAUGAAUGUAUGUUUCUUUUGAGUCGAAACUCGCUGCUCCUUCCUUGUUCGUACUCUUCUGUUCCUUUUAACUUGUUGGUUUUAAUUGUUUGUCUUGAUUUUAUGGGCUCAACAUUUAAUGGUAAUAUAAAGACAUAAGAGAGGAAAUGGCAAGAGACAAGUCUAGAACAUUGUAUCA